GAAAGCGAAAGGGAACGAAAGCGAAAGGACGGGCAGGGAGCGAUGGGCUGCGCAGCGUGGCUGGCGGCCGGCUGCCUUCUGAGCGCCGUAAUCACAAGGACCCCGAACAGCAUUGCUUCUGCAGAGCCGGGGCUCAGGAGGAGCCUGCAACUUCCCUGCGUAUUUGAAAUGAGAAAAACCAUUCCCCUGUCCAACGAAACAGAGAUCGUGCUGCUGAACGUCAGGCUGCUGCUGCCUGUGGCUGGAGCAGAAGGCGCUCAAAGGCUUCAGACAGAAAGCCUUCCUGCAGACAACCUGCCCUCGUUCAUUGUACAAGAGCCCUCGGUGAAUAUUCUGCAGCACACAGAUGAGGAUAUCAACAUGCUUGACUGCAGGAUCAGCUAUUACUUUACAGCCAACACUCAGAUCCUCUGGCCUGGGAGGGAGGUUCGAGCCCACAGCCUGGACACCUGGUUCACUUGCACCAUAAAGCACACAGCUGGGAAAUACACAGCUACAGCCUUCCUUGUGCAAGGCCAUGAGGACAGAGAGCACCAAACUCCAGGACAGCUUCACCAGGGCAUCGCAGAGCAGACACACGUGUCAGCGGUGCUGGCGGUCCGCGCGCGGCUGCCCCGGGUCCGUACGGAGCUGGGGAAGGACGCGGUGUUGGAUUGCGCCUUCGACGCCGACCCGCGGGCGGCCGUAGCCGUGCGAUGGGCGCUGCGGCAGAAGGGGCGGCCCGAGAGGCGCAUCACCACCUCCGGCGGCGGCCGCGCUGAGAUGUUCCCGCAGGAGCCCCGCGGUAACGCAUCCCUGCUGCUCCGGCGCGUGGAGCUCGGUGACGAGGGGACGUACAUCUGCGCGGUGCAGGCGGCAGCCCUCGUGCUGGAGCAGGCGGUCCUGCUGCAGAUAACAGAAAAGCCCACGGUGACCGUCAACGUGAACUCCCUAUCCCUGGUGGAAGGGGAGCAGCAGAAGUUGGUCUGUGACAUCCGCAACUACUACCCUGCGGACAUCCACGUGCAGUGGCUCCGUGAGCCACGGGGCGCCAGGCGGCUCCCCGACACCGUGCCCAACGUCCUCACCAGCAGCCACCGGCGCAGCAGCAACGGCACCUACAGCUUGUCCAGGUUCUUCCUGCUGACAGCGACCCUGCAUGAGGACGGCCACACCUACACGUGCCGCGUGGAGCACUCCAGCCUGCAGGCACCCAUCCGCAGGAGCGUCAGCGUGGCAGUGAGAGAAGCGACCUCCACCACCUGGCUGCUGCUGCUGCUGCUGCUGGGCCUCACUGGGUGCCUUGUGGCCGCACUCCAUCACCUCCACAAAGCGAGGAGCACAACUAAGCCCAAACCUUACUAGGCGCAGUGCUCCAGCAAGGAGCAGCCACGGCCCCACGAGCUUCAGGUGCCGUCGGCACUGCUGGAUGCCUCAGUGCAGGAGAGCAGGGGGCUGGGGCAGGCUGAAGGUGACAGCUGUUGCUGAAUGCCAGUGUGGAUGAAGCAAUCUUCCCAGUUACUGGCAAAGGGGGAAGCUGCAAGAAUUAUUUUUGUAAUAAAGAUUGAUUUAGAGAACCCAA